CGUACACCACUUGGUUUUUAAAAAAAGAAAAAAAAAUGACAUCACUUUUUUAUUCCAAUCUUUCAAAAGACCUCUCCUUAAUAUUAAAUAAUGCUGACGAUUACAAUGUCAUUAUCCAUGUUGGUGAAAACGACAAUAAAAAAGAAUUUUAUGCGCACUCAGUUAUUUUACGUGCUCGUUCUUCUUAUUUCAAGAGUGCACUUUCUACUAAUUGGAUUACAAAGAAAAAUAAUAUGAUUAUAUUUAAUAAACCAAAUAUUACUCCAGCCAUUUUUGACAUAAUUAUAAAAUAUAUUUAUACCGGAGAGCUUGAUUUAACUAAACAACCGGGUGAAAAUAUUCUUGGAUUGUUAAUUGCAUCUGAUGAAUUACUCCUUGAAGAAUUAUUUGAAUAUGUUCAAAAUUAUUUAAUUGAAAAACGAACUAGUUGGAUUUAUCAAAAUUUCGUUCUCGUUCUUAAUGAUGUGUUUAGACUCGACAGUUGUAAGAAGCUACAAAAUUAUUGUCUUGAGUCUAUCUGUAAGGAUCCACUUCCAUUUAUUACUUCAAAAUCUUGUCUGUUAUUAGAUGAUAAUGUCGUUUUUAGCUUGCUUAAAAGAGAUGAUUUACAAGUUAGAGAGAUUAUAAUUUGGAACUUUUUAAUCGAAUGGGGUAUUGAACAAACUCCUGAUUUGCGAAGUGAUAGAAAUAAUUGGAAUAAUGAGAAUUACGAAACAUUGGAGAAAACUUUAAAUCAAUUUAUUCCUCUUAUUCGGUUUGUGGGAAUUUCUCAUGAAGAAUUAAUUGAUAAAGUUCAACCUUAUAAGGCUAUUAUUCCCAAUAAUCUUUUAAAAGAAAUUGAAGAAUUUUGUUAUAAUAAUAUCUUACCAACUUUACCUCUCAGAACGAGAAAAAUUGAAUCAAAUAUUAUCAAAUCAGAACUUAUAAAUUUAAUAAUAGUUAAUUGGAUUGACAAAAAAGAUAUUAUGAUUACUCGUACUGGUAAUGAUCCUUUAUAUAAAUUUAAUCUUAUUUAUCGUGGUAGUCGUGAUGGAAUUAAUAAUAAAUCAUUUAAAAAUAAGUGUAAUGGAAGGGUAGCAAGUUUAGUUUUAAUCAAAGUUUCAGGAUCGAAUAGAAUCUUUGGUGGAUAUAGUUCUAUUGGAUUUAGUGCUUUAGGAAAUAAUCUUUGGAAUAAAUAUGAUGGAAUAUUUUAUGAUUCAUCAGAUAAUUUUAUUUUUUCAUUUGAAAAUAGUGAAGAUAUACAUAAUAUAAAAAUAGGUCGUAUAAUAAAUAAUGAUAAAGCUAUUCAAGAUAUUGAAACUUGUGGUUUUAAUUUUGGUUGGAGUUCAUUAUCAAUGAUUAAUACUAAUUUAAAUAUUGUUAAUCAUGAUAUUUAUGAAAGGAUUUUACCUACAGAAAAAAUUUUUUAUAUUACGGAAUUAGAAACUUUUUCUAGCUUAAUUGUGGAUUAUGCUGCAAUUGAAUUUCAUAAUCCUGAGAUUAAAAAAUCAGUGUCAAUCCCUAAUGAAUGUAGUACAAUUCUAUUACAAAAUUUAGGACAAACCAAUCCUCCUAAAUUAGAAAAUUUACAUCUAGCAUCAAAAGACGAACAAUAUUAUGAUGUAGCUGAUAGUUUAGCAGAUCUGAAGGUUUCUAAUGGCGAAAAUAAAGAUGUAUCAACAGGUAAAGUAAGUACUAAAGAGAAAGAAAAUGUAGGUAUUAUCAAUGUAAAUAGGAAAUGUGCUGCUGAAACUCAAGCUUCUAGAGGGUAUAAUGAUAUCAAUAGUAAAAGUAGUGAUAGUGAUGGACUAUGGAAAGCCGCCAUGGUCAAAAGUGCGUAG